AUAAUGGAUCACGAAACACGAAGUGAUUCACCAACCGACACCAACCGGCAGGAACAUUCAAAAACAUCUUUUUUAAUCGAAGACAUACUCUACAGAGGCCAAGACACUAGGUUUAAACCGCCAAUGACGGUUGAAAGGAGGCUAGAAUACGAACCUAAACCUUUUUUCUCCGUACCUAAUGAAAUAAGGCCGCAUGUACAAGCCAGAGAAGGGUCGUAUCUUCAAGUGGCUAUGGGGGCUUUAGGCGCAUAUUUACAUACCCCAAAUACAUAUAAGGCUAUGGAAGCUCCUUAUUUCUUGUCUCAAGGCGUGCCGUACCACGCGCUCUUCACUCCGUCGGAUCUAUCGUUGUCGGCGCUGAAGCACUGCCGUCGGAGGAAAGCCAGGACUGUGUUCUCCGAUCCGCAACUUACAGGUUUGGAGAAGCGUUUCGAGUCCCAGCGAUACUUGUCCACACCUGAGCGUGUGGAGCUGGCAGGAGCCCUCAACCUCUCGGAGACGCAAGUCAAGACCUGGUUCCAGAACCGGCGCAUGAAGCACAAGAAACAGAUGAGGAAACAGCAGCAGCAAAGAGGCGUCACCACACCCGUUGAUUUUACAACCAAACACCAGCAACCCAUCGUCGAGUGUCGAAAGACACAAGAAGAUUCUCGAAUGUCAACGACGCAAACAUCGGAUUCUGACAGCGAGCAUAGUGACAGCGACAUCGAUAUAGUCGGAGAAUCGAAUUAUACACAACACUAUAACACGUAA